AUGUUCCAAAUUUGCGAUGAAGAUAUUGUUAUUGCCGGCAUAUCUUGCCGAAUGCCUGAAUCCGAUAAUGCCGAAGAAUUUUGGCAACACUUAAUUCAAGGAAAUGAUAUGGUCACCGAAGAUGAUCGACGUUGGCCGCCUGGUAUAUUUGGUUUACCUAAACGAAAUGGUAAAUUGAAAGAUAUAGAGCACUUUGAUGCAAUCUUCUUUGGAGUCCAUGCUAAGCAAUGCAACACUAUGGACCCUCAGUUAAGAAUAUUAUUAGAAGUAACUUACGAAGCAAUAGUAGAUGGUGGAAUAAAUCCAAUAGAAUUUCGUGGUCGAAAAUGGGGUGUUUUUGUCGGUCAAAGUGGAUCGGAAGCCAUGCAAGCUUAUCAAUCGAAUCCCGACAUACAAAUUGGUUAUAGUAUGACAGGAUGCAAUUGCUGCAUGUUAUCCAAUCGAUUAUCAUAUUAUUUCAAUUUUAAUGGACCUAGUAUUUCAAUAGAUACAGCUUGCUCUUCAUCUCUAAUAGCUUUUGAUCAGGCUAUUAGAGCAAUUAAAACAGGAGUUUGCGAGGGGGCUAUCGUCGGUGGCUUAGGACUUGAUGUUAAACCUCACACAAGCUUAGAAUUUAUGAAAUUAGGCAUGCUAUCACCUGAAGGCGCCUGUAAAUCUUUCGAUAAUUCUGGUAAUGGAUAUUGUCGAUCAGAAGGAAUCGUCUCAUUGUUACUACUUAAGAAAUCUCAAGCUAAACGAAAUUAUGCGACAGUUAUCCAUAGUAAAUCAGCUAGCGAUGGCUUUAAACAACAAGGUAUAACGUUCCCUAAUGGAGCUGCUCAAAGUCUAUUACUUCAACAAGUUUAUCAAGAAGCCAGAAUCGAUCCGCAAAAAGAGGUUAACUAUGUCGAAGCUCACGGAACCGGCACCAAGGCUGGCGAUCCACAAGAAGUCAAUGCUAUCGCUUCUGUCUUUAUUGGAGAAGACCGCCAGAAUAAACCUCUUUUAAUAGGAUCUGUUAAGUCGAACAUGGGCCAUUGCGAGGCGGCGUCUGGCUUAGCCGGUGUAGUCAAGGUUAUUCUGAGUGCUCAACAUGGCAUUUUACCCCCAAAUUUACAUUUUAAUCAGCCUAAUCCAGAUAUUCCGGGAUUACUUGAUGGAAGUAUAAAAGUAGUAACAGAACCCACAACUUUCCCAGAUGGAUACGUUGGAAUUAAUUCUUUCGGUUUUGGGGGAGCUAAUGCUCACGUAUUAUUAAAACCCAACGUAUAUUAUCAAGAAGAUGCUGAUCGAAGUAAACAUCAAGAACUAUCACUUAUUCUAUGUUCUGGGCGUACACGAGAAAGCGUCCAAAGCUUAAUCCAUCUUGGUCACAAAAAUACCGAUAAUCCGUAUUUAAUUAACUUAAUUAACAGUAUAUCUGCUACACCGAUAAGUAAUAAUUAUCAUCCGAUGCGUGGCUUUGCUUUACUAAAUAGUCAAGAGUCUAUUCAAGAUAUCGAUCUUACUGUAUCAGAUAAGCGACCUAUCUGGUGGAUAUUUUCUGGAAUGGGAGCUAAUUGGAAUAAAAUGGGUCAGAACAUGAUGAAAUUUCCGGUUUUCAAAAAUACAAUCACGAGAGCACGCGAAAUAUUGAUGCCUACAGGAUUAGAUCUUAUAAAUAUAUUAUUUAGUGAAGAUCCUAAUGUUUACGAUAAUGUAAGAGAUGCAUUUAUUGGUCUUGUAGCAGUUCAAAUAGCUCUUAUAGAUUGUCUUCGAGCUUGUGGAAUCGAAUACGAUGGUUUAAUAGGUCAUAGUGUUGGCGAAAUAGCUUGUGGUUAUGCCGAUGGCGCACUUACAGCUGAGACAGCUUUACAGAUUGCUUACUGGCGAGGACAAUCGAUUCUUGACGCUAAGGUAGAUAGCGGAGCCAUGGCGGUAGUAGGACUAAGUUGGGAAGAAGCCAAACAACGUUGUCUGCCAGAUGUUGUAGCAGCUUGUCAUAAUGCUGAAAGAGCUAUUACUAUUUCAGGCGAUCCAAAUCAAAUUGACGUGAUGAUUACGGAACUUCAAUCUCAAGAAAUUUUUACAAGAAGAGUUAAUAGUUCCGGCAUAGCUUUCCAUUCUCCAUAUAUUGCUAAAGGUGCAUCGCUAUUCAAAUCUGCCUUGAAGAAAAUUCUUAAAACGCCGAAGUUGCGCUCUUCGCGAUGGAUAACUACCUCAGUUCCCAAAUCAGAAAUCAACGAUGAAUACGCAAUGUACGCUUCAGCAAAAUAUUACCAUAAUAAUUUUAUCAAUCCAGUACUAUUCUAUGAAGCGAUGACAGCUAUACCAGAUAAUGCUAUAGUUAUCGAAAUUAGUCCUCAUCAUAUUCUUCAAGCUGUUAUAAAGCGAAAUCUCACAUCGAAUUCGUUAGUACUUAAAACCAUGCGUAAGCAUCAUUCCGAUAAUCGUGAAUUAUUCUUAAAUUCGCUUGGCAAGCUGUAUCUUCAAGGGAUAAAUAUUGAUCCUUCGCCUCUUCUGCCUAAAAUCUCUUAUCCGGUGCCUGCAGGUACUCCGUCUAUUGCACCAGCAAUCACCUGGGAUCAUUCUCAAACUUGGGCUAUACCUACUCUCGAUAUGUUUUAUUUAAAGAGUAAUCAAAACUCUUCUUCUGCUAUUACAUUCGAUAUCGAUCUCUCCGCAGAUUCGCCUGAUCAUUAUGUCUUGGGCCAUGUAAUCGAUAACCGAGUAAUUUAUCCAUUCGUAGGUUAUUUAUUACUUGCUUGGAAAGCGUUAGCUCGAUUAUUAGAUACAACCUAUACAAGACUACCUGUUAUAUUUAAAGACGUUGAAAUUCAUCAAGCGACGUUACUACCAUCUACUGGUAUUGUCAAGUUUAACGUCGAUAUUAAAGUGAAAACUGGAAAAUUUGAAAUAGAACAUUGCAAUAAUAUAAUAGUUACUGGAGAAAUUAAAGAAGCUGAAGAGAAUAUUGCUGUUAGUCAGUUAUCGCCAAUAGAUCAUAAAGAAAAGUUAAGAUUAUCUAAUGAAGAUGUCUAUAAGGAGCUUCGUGUACGCGGAUAUGAUUAUAGCUUAAGCUUUAGAUCCAUUCAUGAUGCAUCACGUGAUGGAACAAGUGGCCAAAUUAUCUGGGAAGGAAAUUGGGUUACGUUUCUUGACGCUAUGCUACAAAUGUCAGUAGUAGGCUUAUCUGGACGUAGUUUACCCUUACCAACACAAAUUCGUUAUAUUUCUAUUAACCCCACGAAACAAACUUACUACUUACAAGAGGAUGAGAUAGAUAGCUCUAAUAAUGAUGAAGUGCAAGAAGGAGUAACUAACUCACACCAUCAAUUAGUACAAUAUAUUCUAAAUCCUCAUACUAAUGUUCGAGUUUUAGGUAAUAUUGUUGAAAUGCGUGGAGUAAAUAUCACUAUUGCGCCGCGGCGACAAGAUGAUCCAGACGGAUUAACCUUAGCUGAGUAUCAUUUUAUACCUUAUUUUGAGCAACAAACCAUGCACAAUAACGAAAUGUUGGUCCAAUAUAAAUCUCACUUACAAGACUUUAUUCAAAACAAUUUUAAGAAAUUAACACAGCUACUAGAUAGCAAUACGCAAAUCGAUCAUGACUUAGAUAAUGACAAGAUCGAACAAUAUCUAGAGAAUAACAAUUAUAGUUUAUUCCAGCUAUUAUACAAGGUCUAUCAAGUUAAAUCCGAUAUCGGAGCAACGCAUCUAGUAGAAGAUAUUGUACCUGACAGUAUAAAUUUAUUAAGAUACGAUAUUUUAUUGUCGGCAUUAAUUUCGCCUCGAUACUUAAGGACUUCGAUCGAUAUUGUAUAUGAGAAUAUGUUUACAUCGCCUAUUCGUAUUGUAGAACUUAAUGCUGUCUAUGGACAACUCUUUCGAAGUGUAAUCCAUUCUAUAUUAUGGCAUCCUCAAUCAAGUGUAGCUUAUACGGCUUUAGUUAGACACACUGAACAUCAAACUAAAUUAGAGGGCGAAGUUAAAGCUUUUAGUAACAUAGCUAGAAUAAUGCUGUUUAAUAAGGAUGUUAUAAAUGAUCAAAUGAAAAAGUCUACAGAUUUACUUUUAAGUAGUUACACUACUCUGUAUGAGAAUAUCUCAGCUGAAGAUCAGAUCUCGUUAGCAGCUACAUUAUUAAGUGACGGCGGAUUUUUCAUUUUACAUGAAUGCACUCGUAAUUUUGCAAUAGUUUUAGCUUUAUUUGCUUACAAUAAGAAUAUAUGGACAGAUAGUAGGCCGAAUGGUCAUCGUUUGUUAACAGAAAGUGAAUGGAUAGCUAUUUUAGAAAAGAGUGGAUUUCAAAUUGUCUCCAUGAAAAGCGAUGGUCUACUGUCGACUUUAUUUAUCUGUCGAUAUCGAAAUGUUGAGAAUAUUCAAUCGUCAUCUAUGCUAUUAGACAUUAAUAGCAUCCAAUUUGAUUGGGUCGAGAUAUUAAAGGAAAUGAUGGCUGAUAAUCGUAAACAAAAGCAAAAUAAAAAGAUAUGGAUAAUCGCUGAUUCUAAUAAUACAUCUGGUGUAAUUGGAUUUAUGAACUGUUUACGUAAAGAGCCAGAAGGUGAAAAUGUUCGUUGUAUUUUCAAUGCUUCUCUUGAAGAUUCGAAUUCAUCUAUAAAUAUAAUAUCUGAAAUGGAGAAAAUUCAACAACACGAUUUAAUUAUAAAUGUUUAUCGCGAUGAUCGAUGGGGAUCAUUUCGUCAUUUAUAUAUUUCUCAACAACAAACAUUAUCAACAAGUCAUCCGCAUGCUUAUAUUAACAUGGAUAUUCGAGGGGAUUUAUCGUCAUUAAAAUGGUUUACUUCCUCUAUCAGUUAUACUCGACCUAAUAAUGAUGACGAUGAUGAUUAUGACGAAGUUUUAUAUCAUAUUUAUUAUGCCCCUAUCAAUUAUCGCGAUGUUAUGAUUGCUACUGGUAAACUAGCGCUAGAUGCUCUACCUGCUAAUGUCUCGACACAAGAACGUAUUCUAGGCAUAGAAUAUUCCGGAAAAGAUGAUCAAGGCCGCUGCGUAAUGGGAUUAUUACCUUGUAAUGGUAUGGCUACAACUAUUGUAACUAAAAAGAUAUGGUCAUGGUUUGUACCUGAGAAAUGGAGUCUACAACAAGCAGCGACUAUCCCAAUAGCUUAUUCGACAGCGUACUAUGCUCUAGUUUUAAGAGGCCAAAUUAAAUGUGGAGAAUCAGUAUUAAUACAUAUUGGCGCCAGUAAUGUCGGUCAAGCUGCUAUUAGAAUCGCAUUAUCUAAAGAAUGUAGAGUUUUCACGACUGUCGGUACAGAAGAAAAGCGUCAGUUCUUAUUACAACAAUUUCCACAAUUAUGUAACGAAAAUAUCGGCAAUUCGCGAGAUACAUCUUUUGAGGAAAUGGUUAUGAACGCUACUAAUGGACAUGGAGUAGAUAUAGUAUUAAAUUCGUUAUCUGGAGAAAAGUUACAUACGAGUAUUCGUGUAUUAGCUGAUCACGGUCGAUUCUUAGAAAUUGGCAAAUACGAUUUAUCAAAGAAUACCUCGUUAGGUAUGGCUAUAUUUCUACGUAAUAUUUCUUUCCAUGGUAUCUUAUUAGAUGCGUUACUCGAAGACGACAAUCCUGAAUGGCCGCAAGUAGCUAAACUUGUAUCGGAUGGUAUAGCAUCUGGUAUCGUGCAGCCUUUGAAAACGAUCGUAUUCGAUCGCGACGAUUUAGAAAGUGCAUUCCGAUUUGUAGCUCAAGGUAGACAUAUUGGGAAAGUACUAAUUCGAAUCCGUGAUAACGAGAAUGAUUCUAUCGAUAAAUCGAUCAACUUAGCUAGUAGAGUUCGAUUUAAUUGUAUAGCGGAUAAGAGUUAUAUUAUAACAGGUGGUCUAGGAGGAUUUGGUUUAGAGUUAGCUCAAUGGCUAAUCGAUCGAGGAGCAUGUAAACUAGUCUUAACGACUACAACUGGAGUUCGUAAUAACUAUCAAGCAGGCAAAAUAUCUACAUGGAAAGAUAAAGACAGUGUAGAAGUUUUGAUAUAUAAAUGUAAUCUUGCUCUUGAAGAAAGUGUAGAAGAUUUAAUUUUUGUGGCUGAUCAGUUAGGUCCUAUUGAUGGUAUUUUUCACUUAGCUGGAGUAUUUGAUGAUGGAUUAUUCGAAAUUCAAAGUCAGGAGUCUUUUCAUAAAGUCGCUAAAGCUAAAAUUGAGGGUACAAAACAUUUAGAUACUAUUUCUCGUAUACAAUGUACUACACUACAAUGGUUUGUUACUUUCUCAUCGUAUGUUUCUGUUCGUGGUAAUAUCGGCCAAACUAAUUACGGUUAUGCUAAUUCUGCUAUGGAACGUCUAUGUGAAAAACGACAUUAUGAUCAAUUACCCGCAACAUCGAUACAGUGGGGAGCUAUCGGAGAUACUGGUAUGGUAUUUGAUCGUCUUAUAGGCGAUAAUAAUACACAGAUUGGAGGGAUGUUACCGCAACGAAUAAUUUCUUGUUUAAAAGUUAUGGAAACAUUGCUGUUUAAUAAGCAUCCAGUAGUUUCUACUUUUAUACAAGCAAAUCGUGGAAAUAACUUUAGCAGCGAUAAUCAGAUUUCAUCAUUUGAUCUGUUAAAUAGUAUCGGCAAUAUAUUAGGAGUUAAGGAUCUGACGACUAUUAAUGAAAAUUCGUCUCUAUCCGAUCUUGGAUUAGAUUCAUUAAUGGGUGUUGAAAUUAGACUACUAAUGGAAAGAGAUUGUAAACUAUCGAUGUCUAUCGAUGAAGUUAGACAGCUUACAAUUAAUAAACUCAAAGAAAUCAGUUCGUCGCUGACAUCAAACGAUCACAGCGCAAAUAAUAUAGAAUCGAGAUUACAAACGAUAACUGCUAUGCAGUUUGACGGAUUUCCGAUCAAAGCGCCUUUACACUAUGAUACACUGAUUUCAUUAAAUACAGUUACAUCUAAAGAUAGGCCAAUGUAUAUGUUCCAUCCGAUAGAAGGAUCUGUCCAACGAUUUACAGAUAUCGCAAGUAAACUAGCUAUACCCGUUUACGGUAUUCAAUUAUCGCCUGAAGCACCCAUGGAUAAUACAGAAAUCUUAGCUAGAUUUUAUUUAGAUAAAAUCAGAGAGAAGCAAGAAAAAGGUCCUUAUCGUUUAUGUGGAUAUUCUUAUGGCUGUAUGAUCGCUUACGAGUUAGCGAUUCAGCUACAACGAGAAUCGAAUGACAAUGUAGAAGUGUUAUUUAUGAUUGAAGGAUCAUAUUGCUCUACGAGUGAUCGUUUGAAGAUUUAUAGAGAGCGAUAUCGAAAAGAGCUUACUGACGAUAACGUAUACUAUUCUGAAAUGCUAUUUUAUUUUAUUCAAGCUUACAUUUCUAAUAUCUAUCACGAUACUCUUGUCGAUGAAUUGAUUAGUUUAACGUCGCUUGAACAGAAAAUUAUUCAUAUUGUAUCGUUAAUUAUGAAGGAACAUCCUAAUAGUGAGCGAAAAUUUUUAACAUGGGUUACUAAUUCGUUUAUUAAUUUAAACAAAAUUGCCUAUGAUUAUGUACCAUCAUCAAAAUUUGACGGAGACAUAUAUAUGAUAACAGCAUCAGACAGGGAUGAAAUAGCAAUGGCUCUAGGCAAUGACUACGGACAGCAAGUUCAAUGCGAUGGAAAAGUAUAUAACAAGAUGAUAGAAAGUAAUCAUGUCUCUAUAUUGCACGACGAGAAUUCAGUUAAUAUUGCUAGUUAUAUAACUUCGAAACUUGGAUAA